CUAUUAUAAACUAUAGGAAGUAGCUUUAGGGCGACGAAUAAUAAACAUUUCAUUUCAUUUCUGAAGUUCAAAUCAACCCAUAUACAUGAAAUUAGUUUUGUGGUUACAAGUUACAAUCAGGGCAUUACAAAUUACUGUUUACAAUUUGACUACAUCGCAAAACCUGAACCACCGCCAAUGUCAACGUCAAAAGUGACGUUUAGUCUUGCACGAAGUAACCUAAGAAUUUUUUAAAAAGUGAAAAAUUUCAACAGACGUUCACAAACAUUCACGUAUAUUUUUAAAUUUAAAUACAGGAUUAGUACCUCUGAUCACAGGAUUAGUGCCUCUCAUCCAUUCCAAGAUAAACAGUGAAUCUUAUAAACCUAGUUCACUUUUCUAAGGUAUUUUUUUAAAUGGGUAGUUAGAAGCAAUCAAAAAUGGAUUCCGACAACGAAGAUUAUCCGGUACUAAUCACAUGUACUCAGGAAGAAAUAAGUGUCGGUUGGGAUUGGAAUUCUCCGCAGCCAAAGCCCAAACGGCCUCCUAAACGUCCACCUCCACCAUCUCCAAAAGUGUCUUUUAAACGGCAUCCUUCCAGCCAUACUUUACCAGACUUGGACAAGCUGAGGCAAGAACUGCAGUCACUUAGAGAAGAAAUUUCAAAACCUGAGCAUGAAGAAACUUUACGAUUAUCACCUGUUGAAGAACUGCAUUAUAAAAGUAUCCAUGAUGAUUUACCACUAUUACCACCUUCUCAGCCUCUUGAUGUAAACUUUAUGGCACCUCAAGAUGAACCCCUUGAUUUCUUUGAUGAUGAGUUAGAUGACCAAUUUUUAAUGCUUAGCCAGCAAGUAGAAAGAAAUUUAGUAAUGCCUAUACCAAUUGUAGGUAAUGAAUCAAAUCGACUGAAAAGUUUAACAUUUAAGAAAGUUACAAAUACACAAAGUGCCUUAGAUGGCACAUUUAAUAGUCUUUUGAAAGAUGUUGAAAUGGAUGCAAGUAAUUACAGUAGUGCAAACAGAAAUAUUCCAAGCACAUUAAAGCAUACCAAAUCAGAUACUUUUAGUGAUAAUGCUAAGUUAAGAACUGGGAAGUUUGAAUUUCACAGAACACAAAGCUUUGAAAUGGCUAACAUAGAGAAUAUUACAGCAGAAUCUGGAGAUGUUUCAAAGGAAAUUGAGAAGAAAAGGCUAGAAGCACUAGCAAAGCUUAAAUCGAAACAACAAAUCAGUCAAGUCACUAAUGAUGUUACCUCCCCAAUGCAGUGUUCACCUGAAGAAAUAGAGAAGAAGAGGCGGGAAGCAUUAGCAAAAAGGGAGGCUAAACGUCAGCAAGAAAUCAUAGAUAGGAAACGUCAGGAAGCUUUAAAAAGGUUGGAAAUUAAUCGAAUGAAGAAUGCUACGAAUGUUAAAAGUUCUCUUACCAGUAGACUGAAUUAAUCAUUCAAGCAAAUAAUUUAAGGAUAUAUUGUUUAGUUUUAUGUAUCGAAAGUUUGAUAACAGAUUUAAUAAGAUGAUUCCUUUUUAUACAAUACCUAUAUUUCUUCAUAAAAUCGUUAUUUCAUGGUUUCUGUUUUGUUUUUGCUGACACCACACUAAUUUCUUUAAAUUAUACCAACUUGCAUAUAGUAGAGUCACUUUACUAGUAGCUUCUACCUAUGCCCAUCCAGUGGCGUAUUUUUGGAUACAGCCCACAGGACCUCUUAAGAUGACCUAUGAAGGAAAGGCAAAAAGCAAAAACAUGAUGAGCCAUCCUGGGCCCUUGGCUAUAGGGUAAAUAUGCCCCUGUGUUUAUCCCAGCAAUAAUAAAUAUGCUUAACUGUGUGUUGAAAAAAUAAGCGGUUUUUCCUAGCAGCAUAAAGCAUAUACACCAAAGAUAACCGUGAUAUUAGGCUCCGAAAAAUCAAUGAAACCUAAACCAAACCUAAUCCACUUCUGUAUCUUGAUCGGAUCAAAAAUGAAAAGGCACGACGCACGUCAGUAGUCAACUCAGGCACUGGCAGCGUAGGUAAACAAAACAUUUGUUUACCGCUCGGUUCUAAAAAAAAAGCAAAUGGCACACUCGUACAGUAAUAACGAACUUGACAUGAUUUUAAUUGAGUGUCUUCAAAAUGCUACCGAGGCUUCGCGAGUAUAUGCACAUCGCUUUCUCAGACGUUUUUAUUUAGGACCGCGUAAAUUUGUUUACCUUAUGCAAACAGCUAGGGAUACAUGUCGUUAGCCUUAGACAAUCCCGAAUGGUGCAAACUGAAGAAUGAGUAUUGGAUCUUGUAC